UUCAGCUUUCAUGUGCUGCAUCAGCGAACAGAGCAGGAGAAGGUCAACGGCUUUGUUUUACAACACUCAAUAUAAUUUGUGUUAUUUAGCUGAAAGCAAUCUUAGACACAAGAUACGGACGUUUCUUGCCAAAAGUGCAUUUACUAGGAUCGUAUAAAAGCGUGAAGAGGACUGAAGGUUGUCACUGUCACUGUUGCGCCUACGUGCCUCUUUCUUCCUUUCGUUUCAAAAGCGGGAGUAGAUUUUUUUUGAGGGGUCAGCCUUUUAGGGAUUUGAGUUUUUCUGUGUGGCCACAUUUCUAAGUGGACUGGACAUGUCUCCUUCACGGUCCAUAUUGUUGGUGGGUGAAGGGAACUUCUCAUUUUCUGCGUCCAUGAGCCAGACAUACGCUGAAACAGAGACCAACAUAACGGCCACUUGUCUGCAGCAUCAGGACGAGGCACUGCGGCAUGAAGGUGCAGCCAGUAACAUUGAGAUCAUCAAGGACUCAGGUGGAACUGUGCUUUUCGGGGUGGACUGCACACAGCUGGGAGAAUGUACCUCUCUACAGGGCCGUUUGUUUGACCGUGUGGUGUUCAAUUUUCCUCACUGCGGAAGAAAGAGUGGGGUUAAAAAGAAUAGAGAACUUCUCAAAAACUUCUUUCUCAGUUGUGUUCAAGUGUUGGCCAAAGACGGGGAGGUUCAUGUUUCAUUGUGCAACGGCCAGGGCGGGACACCAGCAGACCAGCCGAGGCGAGAGUGGCACAACAGCUGGCAGGUGGCUGCCAUGGCAGCGGAAGCACACCUAAUCCUUAGUGACAUUCAUCCUUUUGGAAGUGAGAAAUACCAGAGCUACAAGUGCACUGGAUACAGGAGCCAGGAUAAGGGCUUUCAUGUGGAGAAAGCUUUGCUCCAUGUGUUUACUCACAGCCUUCCCUACACCUCUGCUCAGAUGCUUAAGGUGGAGGAGGCUGUUGAAGGGGAGAAAGUCCAGUACAAUAUGCCAGCUGAGCUCAGUGAUUAUAUAUUCAGGGGAUUUCUCUGCUCAUCGUCUGUCCACCCUGUCAGAUUGGUGCAAGAUUUUCUUCUCGAAGGACUGGCGGAAAAGUGGCCGGUCUCCAUGACGACAGAGGACAUCCCCUUCCUCCUCACAGCCAAACAGCUGCAGAUGUGCUGCCGUGAUGUAGACAUUACACAAUGCUACUGGAUCCACCUGCUUCAGAAAGACCUCAGCUCUGACAUUCAUACCUCUGUGGACAAGAAAAAAGAUCAGUUCAUGUUUUCGGACAGUCGGGGACACACAGACACACGAGACACUCUGUCAGCCACAUGUGUUACCUCAGAUAAAGUUGACAGGGUGAGGAACAAAGGAGCAGAGAGCAUAAGGUCUGCUUGCUCUCUUGAUGUUGAUCCUGAAGGGGAAAGUGGUCUUUAUUUGCUGCGUCCAUCACUGCUCCCUCAGAUAGUAGAUUUUAUAACUAAAAAAGAAGAGUUGAUUAACAAUGCAGGGAGUCAUAGGGAGACAGAGGCAAAUAAUGAAAGUGUUGAAGGAAAUAAGAAGGAGGAAUCCUGUGGGGGCUGUAAUGGUGUGACCAGCUUGUUAUUUGGCAUUAGUGGCCUGGUGUUCAAGAGUGUCCCAGUCAACCUUUGGUCCCUGCCUGUCUUUCACGAGCUUCUCCUCAGAGGGGUUUUCCCUUCAGAAUGUGAGCCAAUCAGAUUGCUUGGACAAAGGCUGGAAACACUGCUCACACCAUAUGGGGUCUCCCUGAUUACAGAACAGGAAGGUCUGCGUCUGAUGGCACAGCCAAUGGGUUUGAUUGGUAAGGUGUUUUCAAGCAUUGCAAGUGACAACAUUAGCUACGUCAGUGUCACUGUGUCCCUAAAUUUGGACCUUCUUGCCGUGCUCCUGUUCUCCCUCCCCGACUGGCGGCUGCUGUGGUCACAUGACCCACGCUUCUUAAAAGAGUUUGAACUCCGCCCAUCACCUGGGACUUCUUUCAAUCCAUUUUCCCUGUUUCCCGAGCACUUCAGCUUUGACAUCAGCUUCUGGACGGGGCCGACAUGGGAGGCGAGGAAGUUCCACGCUGUGGUCCGAGAGGCCAGUCAUGGGACCGUGGAGCAAGUUAAACUCAUUGACACAUUCUCACAUCCUGACCUGAGUCAGACCAGUUACUGCUACAGACUCAUAUACCACUCACACACAAAUGCUCUGUCACACACACAAGCCCUCCAGUUUCACAAACACUUGGAGUCUUUACUUUUCUCUCGGUUACUGGUCACCAUCAGGUAGCUAUAGGUCAAUCUCUCAGAGGAACAGAUAUUUAACCUCUUAUUAUUUCAGAGACAUUAUAAUUACUGGUCCAAGUCUGUCUCUGACUGCUAAGCAAAUUAUAAGCAUAUAAUCUGCAAAAUUCUUGUUGAACCGUCUUUACAAUAGCUGAGGCAUUGUUUAUAGUAAGUCUGAAAACUGUGAUUGGAAUUCUGUGUUUCUGUGUGUUUUAAUUAUCCUAUAAUAAACAAGUUAUUUAACUUUAA